CUCUCUCUCGGCCCUUGGAACCUUCCCAUUGGCAAAGGCUGGGUUGUCACCACCUGAGCAAGUAAGAGGAGAUGUGGGGACCAUGAGGCACAUGAAUAUGCAGAGGGGCAGGGAAGCAAUGACCAUGGAUACAAUCUUUGGCUGGAAGAAUUAGACACAGAUGGGGAAGGAGUUGGGUGGGGCCUUGGUUGCCUUGCAUAGCUUCUGUUUCCUGCCCUGUGUGAUGCAUCUCAGAUUAGAGGGGAAGGGAACAUGACACAGUCAACCUGCCUUUGCUCCUGGUAGGUAGUGGCAGGCCAGACUCGAUGCUGAUUGACAUGGGAAGAGCAGAACAUCAGAGAAGACACAAUAAUUUCAGCCUAAAGUGCAUUAAAGAUAAAUGGAUCCCAAUCACCGUUACUGUCGUUAUCACAGCUUUGGUCGCCACCAUCAUCUGGCUGGCGGCCAAGAUGUCCCGCUGUCCGUCCUAUGUCACUGCUGCUUGCCCUGAUGGCUGGGUCGGGUACCAAGGGAAAUGCUAUUACUUCUCAGGGAGUGAAGGGAGCUGGAGCGCUAGCCAGAAUAACUGCUCUUCCCUGGGUGCCUCCUUGGCGGUGAUUGACUCCAAGCAAGACCUGGAGUUCAUGCUGCGCUAUAAAGAGCCCCCACUCUACUGGAUCGGCCUGCGGAGGGACUCCCCUGGCCAGCCCUGGAAAUGGACCAAUGGGACUGAAUUCAAUAAGUGGUUUCAGAUCGGAGGGGACGGGUCUUGUGCCUACCUGAACAAUCCUGGUGUCAGCUGCUCCCAGUGCUACUCGGAGAGACGCUUCAUCUGCAGCCAGCCAGAUGUGUACGCCAGAGGGAAUCCAAACGCUGCAGGAGAGGACUCAACGCAGAAACUCACCUAA